AUGCAAUCGUUUCAGGAAGUAAAUCAGAACAUACAACAAGCUCAAGAAGAUCAAAGCAAAAUAUUCGGUCCAGAAGGAACCAUGCAAAAAACUGAUAUUUCGGCAUUUCAAGAGCAAAGUGCUAGAUAUCGUCGGCACGCCACAAGACAGCGUCGCUGGGAUAGCAAUCCUUUCCCGAAAUUCCCUAAUAUUUGCCAUGCUUAA